GACUUCACAAGUCUAACUUAAUACAAACCCACUAACAUUAUGUCUUGUUAUCUCCCAUAAAUUUGUUGAAUUUUCUAAAAGUUGGAAUGUAAAAAUUGUCCAUUUCUUUACCCAUGCUUAGUAGGGAUGGUUCAAAUUUCAGACAGUUUGAAUCAAAUAUUGAUGCUUAACUAUCAGUUUGAUUGCAUAGCAUUGUUAUUUACUUCAAAUCAAUGUGAAAAGGUUUGGAGGUUGAAAAUGAAUUAAAAGCCUAAGCAUUGUAUGUGGGGAUUAAUGAAAGUCAAUACAAAAAAAGAAGUGAUUCCAGGGAAAGAUAUAGUACAUUGCAGAGCUGUAAAAUAGAACAAGGGUAUUUUGAUUAAUUUGAAUUAAAAUCUUUUGUAUUUAUGAAUUUGACGAAUCCAACGUAUCCAAGCUCAGACUUAAAAAUACAAGCCCUUGAUCAGGUCUAUCUAUAGUAAAAUAUAUAUAUGUAUAUAUAUAUAUAUUAUAUUAUGUACUACUGCAUACGCAGAUAAAUAAGAAAAGAUAAAAAGAGGCAUGGAAGAUCGUGUAGGGUUAAAAGUUGAGCUGAGCAAGAAGAAUCCCCAAGUUGCUGUCCCAAUCUUCACACCGUUAUCUGUUUGGAUUGCCUUCUCUUUUUGGUUCUUACUUGUUAACAUCUCCAUCUCCAUCUCCAUCUCCAUUUCUAUGAAGACUACUACUACUCCUACUACACUCUUACUGCAACUACUCGUACAUCAUCUUCAUGGCUGCUUCUGGUUUUCUGGGUGGUGAAAAGGGAGGAAAUGCUGCACAAACACAAGUUAAUAAUAAUAAUACUAAUGGAGAUCGUCUUGGUCGUGAAAGUUCAACAAUGCCAAUGACAACAACUGCAUCUAAUAGCACCGAAAGCAACCAACAGUGUCGGCCUUGGAAGAUGGCGAGGAAGAGAAUGGCUUCAGAAAUGGAAGUGCAGUUGAAUGAUGAUUAUUACCGUAGAUUUCCCAGGAGAAACAGUUCAAAUUCUACACCUAACGCCAUUGCCAGCCCGCUUCUCAAUUACUCCACUAUCAAUAAUAAUCUGAACAUGAAUAUGCUGCUUCCCUCUUCCACGAACUUGAGUUGCAUAGACGACUUUUCCCCUGAUCAACAACAGUCCCAAUCUCAGCCACAGGCGCCGGCUGUUUGUGGCUUUUCCGGUCUGCCGUUGUUCCCACCUGAGAGAAGUCGAGAAGCAUCUACCAACGGCUUGAUCCCGGCAACCAUGGAAGACUGCUCAGCCACGGCUUGGAUCGACAGCAUCAUAAAGGACCUCAUUCAUAACUCAACCAAUGUCUCCAUUUCUCAACUGAUUCAUAAUGUAAGGGACAUUAUUUUCCCUUGUAAUCCCAACCUGGCUGUCCUCCUGGAGUACAGGCUCCGCUCUCUUACUGAAUCAUUGGACAGAAGGCCUGUGGAAAUUUACCAAAGGCAGUGUAAUCUCAAUCUUGACUUUGCCCUGGAAAAUCUCCCGACUUAUUCUCUACCGGAUUCAACAUACUUGGACUGGGGAUUAACACAACUGCCCGCCGUCUCUACCUCUCAACAGAAUCUUCAACAUCAUCAGCAGUCUGUUACGGCUGCUCCUCUCUCGCCGAAUCAGGUGCAACCUCAGCCUCAGCCUCAGGAACAACAACUACAAGGGAACGAGAACUCAUCACCAGCGGAGACCGUUGCAACACCUACGCCAACAGCAGCACCAAUAGCUUGUGCAAUGAGAGAUAAAAAAGAAGAAAUGCGGCAACAACAGAGGGACGAAGAAGGUCUGCACCUGCUGACUUUGCUUUUGCAGUGCGCAGAGGCGGUUUCGGCGGAUAACUUUGAAGAAGCGAACAAGAUGCUGCUGGAGAUUUCUCAACUCUCCACGCCAUAUGGGACUUCUGCACAGAGAGUGGCUGCAUACUUCUCAGAAGCAAUGUUCGCUAGACUAGUAAACUCCCACCUUGGAAUAUAUGCAGCAUUGCCUUCUUUGCCCCAGAGUCAUAACCAAAAAAUGGCUUCGGCCUUCCAGGUGUUCAAUGGCAUCAGUCCUUUCAUCAAGUUCUCUCAUUUCACAGCCAAUCAGGCCAUACAGGAAGCGUUCGAGAAGGAGGAGAGAGUGCAUAUCAUAGAUUUAGAUAUUAUGCAAGGCCUUCAGUGGCCUGGUCUCUUUCACAUCCUCGCUUCUAGACCUGGAGGGCCUCCUUACGUGCGUCUCACCGGGUUAGGCACCUCUAUGGAGGCUCUAGAGGCCACAGGCAAGCGACUUUCUGAUUUCGCUGAGAAAUUAGGCCUUCCCUUCGAGUUCUACCCGGUUGCCGAUAAAGUUGCGAACUUGGAUCCCCAAAAACUCAAUGUCAGCAAGAGAGAAGCCGUCGCAGUCCACUGGCUGCAGCAUUCCCUCUACGAUGUCACUGGCUCCGAUACCAAUACGCUGUGGCUUCUACAGAGAUUGGCACCAAAAGUGGUGACGGUAGUGGAGCAGGACCUCAGCCCAGCGGGUUCAUUCUUGGGGAGGUUUGUGGAGGCAAUACAUUACUACUCAGCUCUGUUUGACUCGUUGGGGGCAAGCUACGGUGAGGAGAGCGAAGAGAGGCAUGCAGUGGAGCAGCAGUUACUGUCCAGGGAGAUCCGCAACGUGCUGGCGGUGGGAGGCCCUUCUAGGAGUGGUGAUAUUAAGAUUCAUAAUUGGAGGGAGAAGCUUCAGCAAUCCGGGUUCAAGGGCGUCUCUCUAGCUGGGAAUGCCGCCACACAGGCCACCCUGCUCCUUGGUAUGUUCCCUUCCGAUGGUUACACCUUGGUCGAGGACAAUGGCACGCUCAAGCUCGGAUGGAAAGACCUUUGCCUGCUUACUGCCUCCGCGUGGAGGCCGUUUCAUGCAGCUGCUAUCACCACAGAUCGGUAUUCACAUUAGCUUGGUCACAACGUGUGUUUUUAUGUAUGUGAAUCUUCCGACCGUGUUACUUUGUGCUGCAUGAAAUGCACGAUGCAGAAGUUCAGUAAAAGAAUCGGUAAUCAUCCCAGUUGAUAUUUAUUUUCAAGAAAUCAGAAUCUGUUCAAGCUGCCACAGAAAAGUUCAUUUUUGGGGUCCUACUUCUUGCCUGAGCCUGAGCCUGAGCCUGAGCCUGAGCCUGAGCCUGAGCCUGAGCCAACAUGUGGUUAGAAUAUUAAUUGAAAUGUGGCUUGAGACUCUUUAAGAUCCUAGAAACAUUUUUCCUAAUGAUCGGAUUAUUUGUUGUACCUACUGUUGACGGCACAAAAUCCAUUAUGCAAUGUGAUUAAAGAUGUAGUAACUCCUACAAAUUAAUGAAUGUAGCUAUGUUUUACCACCGAUCAAUUUAAA